AUGACGAUCCAGUUAGGCCCAUCUGUAUUUCGUGAAGGCAAAACCCCAAGUUGAGAGGGUAGAAGAAGGGGGAAGGACUGCGAAAUAUCCGAAGAGCUCGCGGAAAUGGCGACGGUGCCGCUGCUCGCCGUGCUCGCCGCCGCCCCGGCCUCGGCCGCGCCGAGGACUUGCAUCUCCAGCGCCUCAGUCCCCGAGCCCUUCCUCGGAACCCGCGCGCGUCUCCGCCUCCGCAUCGCGCCGCGGGGCGUCGCCUGCGCCCUCCGCCGUAGGCCCUCCAAAUACAAGACUAAAAUCCAGAGUGAGGAUAAGGUGGUGGCUGCAGAAGAUGUCGUGGACGGCGACGAUGAGGAUGGUGCAUUGGAAGCACUUUUCAAGCAGCUGGAAAAAGAUCUUCAGAAUGAUGAUUUGUCUGUCGAUGACGAUGAGGAUGAGAUAUCAGAAGAAGAUAUGGCCAGAUUUGAAAAGGAGUUGGCAGAAGCAAUUGAAGAAGUCGGUAGCGUUGAUGAAUCAGCAGGAGAUCCAUUACUGAGCUCUGCAGACUAUGGUGAUGAUGAGCAACUAGGUGGGAGUGAACGACCGGAGCUGAAAACUUGGCAACUCAGGAGAUUGGCUCGUGCGCUGAAAAUAGGUCGGCGUAAAACUAGUAUAAAGAAUCUUGCAGGGGAGCUGGGCUUAGAUAGGGCUUUGGUCAUUGAACUGCUCCGCAAUCCACCACCGAAACUUCUACUCAUGUCUGAUUCUUUGCCUGAUGAAGCCCCUUCUAAGCCUGAAGUGAAGGAAAUAGAACCCCCUAGUUCAGCCACAGUUGAUGAGGUCGAUACCACUGAAAUUAAGCCGCAGGAGGAGCUUCCAGUUCAUGUCAUGAGUGCAGAAUGGUCUGCACGGAAAAGACUGAAAAAGGUGCAACUUGAGACCUUGGAAAGAGUCUACUUGCGAAGUAAACGCCCCACGAAUACAAUGAUAAGCAGCAUAGUUCAAGUGACAAAUCUUCCUCGAAAGACCAUUGUUAAGUGGUUUGAGGAUAGAAGGGAACAAGAUGGAGUCCCUGACCAUCGUGUUGCAUUCAAGAGAUCUCUAUCUGAGACUGUAUCUAGUUCAUAACUUCUUCAGAUAAGCCUUUAUUAUAGUGUUUGCAUGGAAACCAAUACGGGCAUGUAAUUUGAACUUUUAAAGUAUGACAAGUUUUGCAAGCCCAACGUGGACUAUCUUUACAUUGUAGCAAUACUAACAGAUCAGCCAGUAUGACAGGUACAACUCCUAACUGUCACUUGUAUUUUAAUUAGCUUCACACAGGACCGCCAUUUUGGCUAUUGGCUUCAGUAAACGUUGUAGGUCUGUUGACCAGAUCUUGAUUUGCCUAGUAAUAAAUGCAUGUAGAUUAUUUCACUUUGUUGGUUUAGAGCCUUAAACAUGUCAUUUACAUGAUCUUUGUCAUAGCCUGGUUUCUGUGGGGCAUGUGCCCAGUAUUUUUAUUUCUAAUUCUUGUGCAAGUGAUGCAAGAUCUCCCACGGUAUUAGUCUAUUAGGUGAGCUAAAAGUGAAGAUUUAUGACAAUCAAUAUCAGAGGUUGGGAAGUGGCAGUGACAGCAUAACUGACACCAUGCAUAAGAAGCAUGAAGUAGUGUUAAUGGCCUAACCAACUGUAUUUGUGGUCCAACUAGUUAAUUGUAUAGUAAUAACUGGGACGGGACCUUUUGUUUGCAUAUGGUUUACUAGACCCGUUUUCAAAGCUGUGAUUCGAUGCUCAUGCCUUUGCUUGAAUCUUGGGUUUUGGGUAGGUCAGUUACAGUCUGUACUUUUGCCUCCGGUGCCUGAAACCCAUGCCACUCUGGACCUAACUUCAAUCAAAAUGGUUAUUUUCAAUAAAAUAGUUUGGUCUGGCGAGUCUGCAAUCUGGACUGGUCAUCACAUCAACAGGAUCAGAUGGUAGGCAAUAAUUUUCAGUAAUUAGAUAUCUAGAUAGAUGAUAGGUGUAUCCAGAGAGAUCUCUUGACACAUAUUUAGGGUAAUAUUUGCUCUGCUUCUAUGAAUCUUUUUAUUAUUACAUUGAUGCUUUUACUAUUCAGCACUGUACAUCUUGUAGGGGUGCUGGUAGCAUAUUGGUAGAUGUACAAGUACAACAGUGUAGUGAGGUUGGGAAGCAAGAGAAUGCUUGUGGUGCUCUUGUGAUUAGGGUAUACCCUGAGGGAGGCUGGAGAUACAUGAGAGCAUGGAGACAUGAAAAAGGAGAAGUGCUUAUAAUAGUUGGUAAUUUAUAUGUCGAACCGUAUGCUGCAACGGAAGCUUAUACUAUUUCCCUCUUAGAAUAAAAACAUUUUUUUAGUACAAUGAACUUUUAAUUUUGUAUGCUUCACUGUACAGUCUGACUUUUUUUUGGGGACGGUGUGCCAUACUUUGUUAUCUAGUUAAUAGCAACGGUACACAUAUGACGUGUCUUUAAGGGCACUACCGUACAGCCUUUGUUUUCCUCUAGCCUGUACAAUGAUGUUUGGCUGUCAACUGAUAGUCUGAUACUUUAAGUACAAUUGCCAUUUCCCUUUGUUUCUUCCCCUGGGCCCUCUGGACUUUUUCUUCACUUGUACUAGUCUAUCAUUAACCAAUUUUCUGGUAGAGAUGGUCGAUAUCAAAGGUUUGUAACCAAUCUGUCAGAUAUGUUUAACGUUUUCAUGGCAACGCAUAUCAUACACCUUAAAUCUAAAUUAGGCUCCUGCUAUAUCAAUUAUUAUUGUAACAUUGUCAAACUUUACAGUGGAAUGUAGAAACUGUUGAAGAACGCAUCCAUAUUUUCUGGUAGCUCUCAUGAAAUUGUCUUCCACAUCUAGCUGCUUCUAUGCACUUGUCUUCUUUUCCUCCACGGCUCCACAUGCUCAUGGUGGGAAAGUAAAACCCUGGCAUGUGCUACAAAAAUAGAAAAUCAUGUGUGUCUAAUAUUCUAAUCUUUAUGUGUUCUUGUAUACUGUUCUUCCAUGCAGAUAAAAAUAAUCUCUGCAGAACCCAGUUAGUUACUGGAAAACAACCCCAGGCACCUUUCCAUGGCACCGGCUGUUGACUGCUCUGCUGUCUGCACACUAAUGGCUGUCUCUGUCCGUUUACAUAUAUAACACAGUAGGGACUUGCAGAGGCGGGCAACUCAGAAGAAGCACACCCUCCAGUUCAUCCUUACCCUUUGUUCUCCAUCUCUCACUUGCAGAUAAGCUGGUUCCUCUUGCAGAGAAGGGAGGUGGAUAGUUGCCCAUGGCCGGGUUGCAAAGGUCGGCGACGACCUUCAGAAGGUCCGGGUCCUCUGGCCUGGUCUGGGACGAGCGUUUCCUCACCGAGGCCGACGCGGAGGCAAAGGCUGCUGCCGAUGGCGCCGCGGAGGAGCCCCAGCCGGAGCUGCGGCACUCCCGGAGCAUCGGCAUGCUGCGGCGCGGCGGUGCAGGCGAUGGUGACGGCGACGGUGACGACAAGAAGGCGAAGGAGAAGAAGCAGAAGCAGAAGCAGCAGGGGCACAAGGAGGAAUCGCGCAGCAACCAGCAGGUGUUCCGGACCAAGGACGUGGCCCCGGACGUCGACCCGCCGUCACCGCGGGUGUCCGGCUGCAUCCUCUGCGCCAUCUUCGGUGGCUCCAGCUCCAGCUCCGGUUCCGGCACGGCGCGCCGCCGGUCCAACAAGCCCAGGAAGAAGUGAAGAAGUGACGGCGCCGCAGCACGUACGUAACGCUGCCGGUGCAGCUGUUAGUUUUCUUUUUCUCCCCUACUGUAAAGUUUGAGCCAUGGAUGUGAGCCCACAUGUUUAUACUAGAGUCACAGUCAUAGUAAGAGCUUUGAUGCUACUGGAGACACACCGUUUCAGUCAGACAGGUUAGUACU